AAAAAAAAUAUAGACUUAAUAAUUUUCUAUAAUAUUUCUCAUUAAAAUUGAUCACAAUUUCAAUUUUAUUUACUUCUACACACAGUUCUAUAUGUUUCCUUGGCAACGUCCAAAACGAAAAUCAAAACAUAACGUGAAAAGUUAAAGAAAAACAUUGCAAUUUAGUUUAACUUUGUUUUUGCAUAAAAAAUGUCAUUUCGUGACUUGAGAAAUUUCACGGAAAUAAUGCGAGUUCUUGGUUAUCCCAGGCUAAUUUCUGUUGGAAAUUUUCGAUUACCGAAUUUUCCAUUAGUUGCAGAAAUUCUUGUUUGGCUGGUCAAAAGAUUUGACCCAGAUACAGAUAUACCCAGUGAUCAUACCACUGAAGAAGAGCGUAUCUCGUUAAUCCGUGCUGUUGCUGAAUUUAUGGCUUUAAAAACAAAUAUAAAAUUAAAUACGAAAAAAUUAUACCAAGCCGAUGGCUAUGCCGUAAAAGAACUAUUAAAAGUUGCCACAUUAUUAUACGAUGCGCAAAAUAACAGUAAUAUUAAUAAUGUAAUGUCCGAUGACAAUUUUAAUACAGUUAAUUUCGACAUUUCCAAUAAGAUAAACGAAUUAAAGUCAACUAGACAAUUAGCUAGUCAGUUGACUGUAACUGGUGCAUCAUUAUUUGAUUUGUUAGGACGCGAAGUUGAUCUGAGAGAAAUUCGUAAUUCAAAGGUUGCUAGACAAUUUGAUAUCUCGGAAAUCGAGACUGCAUUGAAAAGCGUUAUUGAAAAUAUACGUAAAGAAAUUGAAGAAACGAAGAAACAAAUCGAGAGUGUCAAGGACACGGAACAGAAUUUGGAUGCAAGAAUUGAAAGGCGACGUGCAGAACUCGACAGAAAUCAAAAGAGAUUGCAAACGUUAAAAAAAGUACGCCCAGCUUUCAUGGAAGAAUUUGAGAAACUUGAGGUUGAAUUAAGGAUUUUAUACGACGAUUAUAUUCAAAAAUUUCGUUAUCUCGCGUAUCUCGAACAUCUGUACGAAGAUUCAGCUAAAACGGAACAAGAGAGAUUUGAAAGACGGCAAGAAGCAACGCGAAAACAAUUGGAAAAGAUGAGAGCGGAAGAUGUCAACUUCGAAAGUAUGAUGGAGGGGAACGAUUCUAUAUUACCUACCAAUCUUCAAGAGCCUCCACCUCCUCUUACCAACAUUGAAAAACAAAAUACGGAAAAAAUAACGCCAAGUAACCGAUUAAAAUCAGCUGGUCGAACAUCGAGAAUGCAAAUAUCGCAACGUCGUAUCUAUGGAAGUAUGUCUGGACGUCAGAAAGGUAUUAUACAAGAGUCGAACGACAGUGGUGGAUCGUUGGACAGUGACAGUGAUCUGUUGAUCGAUGGUGAUCUCGACGACGAUGACGAUGACGAUAUAUUAGAUUCCGUCGUGGGAGGGCCAGAAAUUAGGAAUUUUGAUUUAAAGGUUGGACAAGAAAAACGAGCCGUUAGUAAGCUAGAUCAUUCGGAUGAGGAUUUUUAAACAUUUACAAAAAAGAAUUACAAAAAUUCCAAAAUAUACCGCCCAUGUAAUUAUCGAUCUCUAUGCGCAUGUUUUUACAAUAACUGUAAAUAGAUAUUAAUAAAAAGUAAUUAAUAUUA